UCCUUUUCUCUAUUGUGGAUAACCGAACAAUUAGUUUUCUGUUCUUUUACUAUUCACGAUGAUGUUUCAGUAUUAAAUAAACAAAUAACCAUGGGAGGGGGAAGUGAAAUGAUUCCAACUGCUGACAAAGUUGGUGAACCUGUAGAUGAUGAUGCAUUCCAGGCUAUGGAACAGGAAUUCCAAAAGGUUCUCAAAAACAUAGCAGGAGAUAAAAAAUUUGAUAAGUUUCGAGGUGAAUAUGAAAAACUUCAUGAAGUAUUAUAUAAAUCUCAUGAAAAUGAGAAACGUUUGAUGCAGAAAUGUCGUGAGUUGAAUGCAGAAAUUGCUGCCAAUGGUUCUAAAGUUGCUGCAGCUUUAAAACUAUCAGAAGAGGAUAAAAUAACUAUAGAAUCAUUGAAAAGGGAAUUAGAGAAAGCUUGGAAAUUAGUUGAUGGAGCACGUGAAAAAGAACAGCGUGGAAGAGAAACUAUACAAAUGCUGAAAGUUGAAAUAUCUAAUUUGACCAAAUUAGCAGAGAAAGGCAGUAUUCUUCAGAAACCUGACAAAAAUGUUACAGAACUUCUACACAUGAAAGAAAAAUUGGUACAAGAAAAAGAUAAGUUGUUGGUCGAGGUUGUUCAGCUGAGAAAACAAGCGACAGAGCUUUCACAAAAUUAUUCCACCCUUGAGAAAGAACGGAAUGAAAAAGAAUUAAAAGUACAAGAGCUACAACAGAAUCUUCAACUGGUGAAUACAGAGAUACAGAAAGAACAGCGUAGGAAAGAAAGAGGUGAACGAGAUUUGCGGCAAGCUAAGGAAGAAAUUGAAGCUAAAGAAGCAGAAAAAAAGUCUCUGGAACAGCAGGUUAUAAAUGGAAAAGAAGCUUUAUCCAAGUUAGAAAAUCAAGUAAAAGAACUUAAGCAAAGUCAAGACACUGCCAAAACUGAAUUGGAGGAUUUGAAUAUAAAAUUAGAAAAAAUGCAUCUAGAACAUCAAAUCCAACAGAAAACCAAUGAACAGUUAGCUAGCGAAAACAAUCAGAAAUCUGUGCUUAUUAAAAAUAAAGAAGAAGAGAUCAACUACCUCAAACAAGAGGUGACACGUCUUACUAAGCAAAAAGAAGCUGCCAAAAAAAAUUAAAAACUGUAGAAGAGUUAAAGGUAGAUGUGGAUGGUCAACGGGAAAUAUUAAAAUCCCAGGUAACAGGCUUAGAAAAAGAACUGGAAAAUGCUAAUAAACAGGUAGAACAAGAUAAAAGGGCCAUUGAAGACUUAAUCAGAGAAAAAGAAUUAUUAAA